AUGGCGAACAAUGAGCUCGGAAAUUUGCCUUUGGGGGACUUAGACGGUGAGGAGGAACAAGUAGAUGAGGUACCUCAAGAGCCACAAUCCAAUCGGAGAGGCCGGGUACCACAUGACAAUGAGCCCAUUCCACCCCUACCUCCACCACAAGCGGCUCAAUACCGGAUAUUGUCCAACGAAGUGAAUGCUAAUCGAACGGAUUGGUCCAAGAAUCUUGAUGAUGUAUUAUGGGCUUAUCGGACUGUUAACAAAACAUCUAUCGGAAUUCAUCCAUACCAGUUGGUGUUCGGAAAAUCUUGGCAUCUUCCGAUGGAACUAGAGCACAAAGAAAUAUGGACUCUAAAGAAGUUGAAUCUUGAUUGGGAUGUAGCCGCUAACUUGCGGGUGACACAUUUGAAUGAGUUGGAUGAGUUCUGA